AUUGUAAUUUGCAAUUUUUCAUUAGUAAUUUUGGUGAGACCUAUAAACACACGUCCUUCGACGGAGAUAACACUAGUAGUAGUCGCUGACUACAAUCUUCUACUUGUGAAUUGUGAUUGUGCAUGCACUCAAUCAAACUCACAACUCAUCCAUGGAAGCCUUAUCGUUAGCCCUUUUCUCCACUGUCCCUCUCUCUCUCAAACAUCCAUCUCCGUCAUCAACCACGCGCCUCAUACCUCACACUUCCCUCUCAGACGCGCUUUCUGUCCAACCCACUUAUUCCCCCACGCCUCCCAAUCGAGACCUUCGAACCCCUCACAGCGGGUACCAUUUUGAUGGGAGUACCCGCAAAUUCUUCGAGGGUUGGUACUUCAAAGUUUCCAUUCCCCAACGGAGGCAGAGCUUUUGCUUCAUGUAUUCCGUCGAGAGUCCUGCAUUUCGUAAGCCAUUGACGCCGUUAGAGCAGGCCCAAUAUGGGCCCAGAUUCACUGGUGUUGGGGCCCAAAUUCUUGGUGCUGAUGACAAGUAUAUUUGUCAAUACUCUCCUGAAUCUGAACACUUCUGGGGAAGCAGGCAUGAACUAAUGUUGGGGAACACUUUCGUGCCCAAACCAAAUCUUAAACCUCCAAACAAGGAGGUUCCUCCUCAGGAAUUUAAUAAUACAGUGCUGGAAGGUUUUCAAGUCACACCCCUUUGGCAUCAAGGUUUCAUUCGCGACGAUGGAAGGUCAAAUUAUGUAGAAACAGUGAAGACGGCUCGCUGGGAGUAUAGCACACGCCCUGUGUAUGGUUGGGGUGAUGUUGGGUCUACACAGAAGUCUACUGCUGGCUGGCUUGCUGCAUUUCCUGUUUUUGAACCGCAUUGGCAAAUAUGCAUGGCCGGUGGACUGUCAACAGGUUGGAUAGAAUGGGACGGCGAAAGGAUUGAGUUUGACAAUGCCCCGUCUUAUUCAGAAAAGAAUUGGGGUGGAGCAUUCCCAAGAAAAUGGUUUUGGGUUCAGUGUAAUGUUUUUGAAGGUGGUAGUGGAGACAUUGCACUUACAGCAGCUGGUGGAUUGAGGCUAAUUCCUGGAAUAACCGAGAACUAUGAAAAUGCUGCAUUGAUUGGAAUUCAUUAUGAUGGACAGUUUUAUGAAUUUGUGCCAUGGAAUGGUGUUGUGAACUGGGAAGUUACUACUUGGGGUUAUUGGUUUAUGUCUGCAGACAAUGGCAGAUACGUGGUUGAAUUGGAAGCAACAACUGAGGAUCCUGGUUCUCCAUUGCGUGCUCCAACAGCAGAAGCUGGCCUUGCCCCAGCUUGUAAAGAUACGUGCUUUGGAAUUCUAAAAUUACAAAUGUGGGAACGAAGAUAUGAUGGCAGCAAGGGAAAGAACAUAUUGGACGUUUCAAGCAAUAUGGCAGCUCUAGAAGUUGGAGGAGGGCCAUGGUUUAACACUUGGAAGGGGAAGACAUCAACUCCGGAAGUCCUUAGCCGUGCCCUUCAAUUGCCCAUUGACGUAGAAGGCAUUUUUAAUCGUGUUCCUCUAUUUAAACCACCUGGCCUCUAGUCAAUUGGUUAAGAAUGUUCCUUUCUAGUUUUUAAUCUAAUCUUGCGGCAUGGUUUGAGGAUGUUAUUCAGAGCUUCACCACAAGGACAAAACUUAGAAAGGGAUUAUUUAUUUUAAAAAGAAAAAGCACAAUGCCUCUAUCCCGAGAUAGAAAUAUCGAAUGGAAAUAAUCCUCUGUAUGUAGACAUAUAUAUAGUGAGAACAUUAUUCAUUUUAAGAACGCUAGAACUACAGAUAUAGACUAUAUGAUGAUACAUAUUUAAUGAAAAUUAAAAGUGUUAAUGGUCACAAUCAUUCAACCUUUUAAAAUGCUUUUUUUUAGUAACCUUAAAUAUUCAAAUGAAAUUUAAUAUUUAUUGUUCU